AGGAGGACGCCUUGUUUUAUCCAGUACUAUUCUAGGUUUAUACUGGUGUACUGAGCUGGAGAUGGCGGGAUUACAGCCGACCACAGACGUUUCAUGUUCUCUGCUUCUCCCUACAAGUCUCUGGCUAUGGAGACCACUGGUGGGAAUAAGGAACCAAUAGGUUUAUGUCCCUGAGAGGAACGAGUCCGGACGCGUCUGGUAGAAGCCGAUCUCCUCCACAGAAACCACCUGCAGCAUGUCCGGCCGUGCUGAGGAUGCAUGUGUACAAGGUUAUUGGCUGUGAGCCGCCAUCUAAUAUCUAGGUCCAGCCUCUGGGAGACCUGCAGCCAUUAGGCUCAGACGACGACUGUUGUGGGGUCAUUUGUGGUUGUCAUGAUAAUAAAGGGGUUAUUACAUAACAAGUAUCACAGUGCAGUGAAUGGGGCAUUUCUGAUGAAGGUUUAUUACUAUGUACCUGCAGUAAUAAUAUUGGUUGUAUUUUUAUGUACAGUACAUUUCCCUUCUGGUAGCGCCCCCUGCUGUUUCUUCUGUGACUAGGUUUCUGGUCCACCUUCUCCUGCAUUCAGGGAUGGACACAUGCUCAGUAUCUUCUCUGCUCCCCUCCUCCUGUCGGUGCCGGUGCAGUCAUCUCGUGGAGAAGCAGUGCAGCCUCCUUUCAUUCAUCCCUACUUGUAUAUUCAUGGAGGAUGAAGAUCUGGGCAAUAUUAAUGCCUCAGAGACAGAUGUGAGGGGUGAUGACCAGUGUAAAGAGAACAUUCCUACAGAGACGGAUGUGAGGGGUGAUGACCAGUGUAAGGAGGACAUUCCUACAGAUAAGAGUCCAGAUGACUGUACUGGGAGCUUGGAGAAACAUCUCAUAUCUACAUAUUAUAAUGCAGAUGAUCCAGGUGUCCUAUCAGAUACAUAUGAAGAGCGUGCCAUUAUCCCAGAUGUACCCUCAGACCUUCACAGCAAAAAUCUAUCAUCUCAUCCUUUAAAACAGGUCCGAUCUUCUAAUUCAUCACAUACUCUUACUCAGAAUGAAACUCACAGAAGAGGUUCUGGAACCCAAAGAGCUCAGAAAAAGCCGUAUUCAUGCUCACAAUGUGGGAAGUGUUUUACUUGGAAAUCAGGCCUUCUUCAACAUCAAAGACAUCACACAGGGGAGAAGCUUUAUUCAUGUUCAGACUGUGGGAAAUGUUUUACUAACAAAUCACAUCUUGAAAACCAUCAGAGAAUUCACACAGGAGAUAAGCCGUUUUCAUGUUCAGAAUGUGGAAAAUGUUUUGCUAAAAAAACUAAUCUUGAAAACCAUCAGAGAAUUCACACAGGAGAUAAGCCGUUUUCAUGUUCAGAAUGUGCAAAAUGUUUUACUAGAAAGUCAGUUCUUCUUCUACAUCAAAGAAGUCACACAGGAGAGAAGCCGUAUUCAUGUUCAGAAUGUAGGAAAUGUUUUACUGAGAAAUCAAGUCUUGAGAGACAUCAGCGAAUUCACACAGGGGAGAAGAGAUAUUCAUGUUCAGAAUGUGGGAAAUAUUUUACUCACAAAUCAAAUCUUGAGAGACAUCAAAGAAUUCACACAGGGGACAAGCCGUAUUUAUGUUUUGAAUGUGGGAAAUGUUUUUGCCUGAAAUCAGAACUUCUUGUGCAUCGGAGAUUUCACACAGGAGAGAAGCCAUUUUUAUGUGCAGAAUGUGGUAAAUCUUUUACUCAGCAAUCCGCUGUUGUUAAACAUCAGAUAAUUCACACAGGAGAGAAGCCGUAUUCAUGCUCAGAAUGUGGCAAAUGUUUCACUCAGAAAUCAUCACUUGAGAGCCAUCAGAGAAUUCACACAGGGGAGCUGUAUUUAUGUUCAGUAUGUGGGAAAUGUUUUACUCAGAAAUCAUCUCUUGAGACCCAUCAGAGAAUUCACACAGGGGCGCUGUAUUCAUGUUCAGAAUGUGGAAAAUGUUUUACUCAGCAAUCAGCUGUUGUUAAACAUCAGAGAAUUCACACAGGGGAGACUCCAUAUUCAUGUUCAGAAUGUGGUAAAUGUUUUGCUCAGAAAUCAUCUCUUGAGAGCCAUCAGAGAAGUCACACGGGAGAGAAGCCAUAUUCAUGUUUAGAAUGUGGCAAAUGUUUUACUCAGAAAUCAUCUCUUGAGAGUCAUCAGAGAAUUCACACAGGGGAGAAACCAUAUUCGUGUUCAGAAUGUGGUAAAUGUUUUACUCAGAAAUCAUCUCUUAAGAGCCAUCAGAGAAGUCACACAGGAGAGAAGCUGUAUUCAUGUUCUGAAUGUGGCAAAUGUUUUACUCGGAAAUCAUCUCUUGUUCAACAUCAGAGAAUUCACACAGGGAACAAACAAUUCUAAAUCUGUCCUGUAAAAUAUGCCAUGAAUUUCCAUAUAUUUAGUUUUUUUACUAUUAUUUAUAGCGAGAAGACAGCUUUCUUAUAAAAAUAUUGCAGAAACUGUAUAUUGAAGCAAAAAUUUAAGGAAAAUAUCAGUAUAUUCAGAAGUGUAAUUACAGCUGUUAUAAUUCUUCUAGAUCUUAAAGGGGUUGUGCAAGAAUGAGGGGGUUUGGUAAACUCCCCCACUUUACUGGAUCUGUAAAGGGAAGAUUACUUACCUGCUUCCUGGCGCUGGCUCUCCUCCGCUCCUUCUCUUCCAAGCCUGCAAUGUUCAUCUGGUUUGACAUUGCCACAGCCGACACUGGGCGCGGCGGAGACUGGAUACCCUUGUGUCAUGUAACUAUUUGCAAUGACGUAAGGGAAAAUUAUAUAAUAUACAUAUUGGAAUAUAUUUAAU